AUGUGGGUCUGGCUGGGUCAGAAGCCUCAAAGAGGAGUGGGACAGUUAGGCAUCUUGGCUGGAGGCCCGGCUGGCACCGAGGUGCUUCGAUUUGAAAGCAUCGAAGCGCGGGGGCAGCCACACGUGCUGGUGGGGGGCUCGGAACAGCAGUGGGUGGUCUCCAUCCAGGACAAGGCAGGCUGGUGCUCAGGGAGCAGGAUCACCCAGUUGCAGGACCCUCGGUCCCUGUCACAUCCUGUUCUCUUUGGUCACACUGCUCACCAAGGCCUGAGCAUCAGCCUCUUCUUUGUUCAUAACUGGGUUCCCCGUCCUCGGCCACGACUGGACAGACUGUUGCAAGUCUUUUACGAGGUCAAGGUGGUCAUCGAUAAGGAAGAGGAGGAGGGUCCGAGACUGUGCACUCAGUCCCCGCAGGAGUGGCCGGCACCCCAGGAGAUUCUAGCAGAACGGAGGCGUCGCCAGCUCCCACUGGCUUUCUCCCCGGGGCCGAGCACCCUGGGAGCAGACACGGGCUUGGUGCCCGUGUCUGUAAGUGAGCCCGUUGUUGGGAGGGAUAAUCAAGGAGAAGAACUUCAGCUCUCAGACUGGUUUAAUCCCCGACACCGCCCUGAUGUCGUAAGGACCACGAGCCGGCUUGCCCCGGUCAUGUGGGAGGGCACUUUCAGCAGGCAGGAGCUGGAGAAACAUUUCAGGGAGCAGAACCUCACGCUGGGCUUGGUUGUCCUUGCUCCUGGCGGGCUCGCAGAGCGGUACCUGGAGCUGUUCCUGCGCUCGGCAAAUAAGUACUUCAUGACCGGCUACAGGGUGGUCUUCUACAUCAUGGUGGAUGACUUGGACAGGCUACCCGACCUCGACUGGGGGCCCCUGCGGCAGUUCAGAGUGCUCCCGGUCAGCGAGGACAGCUGGCCGCACGACCUGCACUUCGUGCGCCUGAGGAGCCUGGGCGAGCAAAUCGUCCAGGGCAUCCGGGGCGAAGUGGACUUCCUCUUCAGCUUGACCGUGACCCAGCUCUUCCAGAGCGCCGUGCGCGUGGAGGCCCUGGGCGCGUCUGUGGCUCCGCUCCACGCCUGGUGGUACUUUAAGAACACCGAGGGUCUCCCCUACGAGAGGAGGCCCAAGUCGGCCGCGUGCAUCCCGCUUGGACGGGGCGAUUUCUACUAUGACAGCGCGUUUGCGGGGGGCACGCCCCUGCGGGUGCUGGACCUCACCGGAUCGUGCCUGGAGGGAGUCGCUCGGGACCGCAGAAACGGGCUGAACAGCACCUACGAGAGAUACCUCAACAAGUACUUUUUCCUCCAUAAGCCCACCAGGCUCUUGUCCCCAGAAUACAACUGGGACGCGGAUCACCACCCGCCCCCGCAGGUGCAGCGCGUGAAGGUGGCCCAGCAGGCCAAGAGGGGCUUAUGGGCCACGGCCGGCGAGGCGCCACGAUUCCCUGCCACGUGGCGCAUCUUGAAGCGCCCCAGUUUUCAGAGACACCAACAUUGA